CGGAAAGCGCGCGCAGGAGACGCACUUUCGGAGCCUCGUGGAGCAGGAGGACUGACAGCAUCCUCUCGAACUUUGUUCAGCUCUUAGUAGAUCAUUUAUAUUGAUUGUAGCUGAUAAAUCAGAUCUGCUGCUCUGAUUUUUAUAAGCACUAACUGAAGCUACAGGGAGCUGCUCUUAUUUUUCCUCUGUGUCCGUAAACAACCAAACAAACAGCACGAUGUUCGAGGCAAGACUUGUGCAGGGCUCCAUCCUGAAGAAGGUGCUGGAGGCUCUGAAGGACCUGAUCACCGAGGCCUGCUGGGACGUGAGCUCCUCCGGGAUCUCCCUGCAGAGCAUGGACUCGUCCCACGUGUCUCUGGUGCAGCUCACCCUCCGCAGCGACGGCUUCGACUCCUACCGCUGCGACAGGAACCUCGCCAUGGGGGUCAACCUCAGCAGUAUGUCAAAGAUCCUGAAGUGUGCUGGAAAUGAGGACAUCAUUACUCUGCGGGCGGAGGACAACGCUGACUCUCUGGCUCUGGUGUUUGAGACGCUCAAUCAGGAGAAAGUCUCUGAUUAUGAAAUGAAGCUGAUGGACUUGGAUGUGGAGCAGCUUGGAAUUCCAGAGCAGGAGUACAGCUGUGUGGUGAAGAUGCCCUCAGGAGAGUUCGCCCGUAUCUGCAGAGACCUGUCACAGAUCGGAGAUGCCGUCAUGAUCUCCUGCGCCAAAGAUGGAGUGAAGUUCUCCGCCAGCGGUGAGCUCGGCACCGGCAACAUCAAACUGUCCCAGACCAGCAAUGUAGACAAGGAGGAAGAGGCUGUGACUAUUGAGAUGAAUGAACCAGUACAGCUGAUUUUUGCUCUGAACUACCUCAACUUCUUCACCAAGGCCACACCCCUGUCCAAAACAGUCACACUUAGCAUGUCUGCAGACAUUCCUCUUGUGGUGGAGUACAAGAUCGCAGAUAUGGGUCAUGUAAAAUACUACCUGGCUCCCAAGAUCGACGAGGAGUCGUCCUAAACCGUCCACUCGGAAACUGAAGAUGCUCCAGCUCUGUGAUUCAGAACUUGUCUGCAGAGCUUCUGGGGUGUUUUACUCAGCGCUGGUUCACAUGUCUAGAGCCCACGCAACACUGACUGUUCAAACCACGAGAAUCCUGGAGAUAUGACCCAGCAACUCCCAUCAUUACCCACGGGCUGCAGGGUCUUUACCGGGGGCAGUAAUACGGUGGAUUGUGUGCUCAGGUGCAGUCUAUAGAUCCAGUCUGUAUUUCAGGUUUUUCAGUUUAUCCUCCAAGCCCUUCUCCCUCUUCCCCUCUGCCUACAAGCACUCUGUUUAUUCCUCUCAUUCCAAUAUGUAGAUAAUUGUCUUUCUGUAAAUAUGCUAAUUGGACUCUUCAUUCUGUUGCCCUCUAAUAAAAUCUUUUUGUAAUGGA